UCCGUUUGAGCCGUAGACGUGAACAGACCGAAUCACCGAACAGACCACGGGGGCUGCACGCGGAUCGUGACUCGCGCGUGUAGAUUGCGAUAAAAAAGAAAUUAUUUUUAAAGCCCGUCCGAUCGCGAUCGCGUUAAAUAAUCGAUAAUCUUAAAGAGUCGGAGUGUUUUUAGUGAAAGUAGAAUCGAAAUAAGUCUCGUAAGUGUCAGUAAAGUGAUAAAUAUGGCGAACAGCGUAGCACCAGACUCGUGGGAGCAGCAGGCGGACGGCGGAGAUAAUGCGAACGGUCAGGAUAAAUCGUUGGAGAGUAAAUUCUCAACGUUGAAUGUAAACGCCGCUGAAUUCGUGCCUUCCUUCUGCAUACCAUCCUCGGAAACAAGCUCGGCAGGCGACAGCCCGAACGCCACCGUUCCUGACACCAGCCACGGAGGAAGCUCUGUUGCCGUUCCACCUGAUCCGGCUGGCACUUUAGUAGAGGAACCGCCUGCUGGGGGAGGGGCACCACCUCCACCUAACGUGACAAAUGCCAAGAAUGCCAGUCCUGAACAUCAGCCAGCUGAUUCUUGGGAAGAAGCAGCCGUCGAUGCCGACCCUUUACUAACACCUGAGAAUGAAGAGGCUGAAAUUGACGAGGAUGAAGAGACGGUGGUGAAAAUACCGAAAAAGAAGCCAGUCAAAGUAACGGAAGAUACAAAAAGCAAAAAAGAACAUGUCAAUGUUGUCUUCAUCGGUCAUGUCGAUGCUGGAAAGUCAACCAUCGGUGGACAAAUCAUGGCAUUAACAGGUAUGGUCGACAAAAGAACAUUGGAAAAGUAUGAAAGAGAAGCUAAGGAAAGAAGCAGAGAAACGUGGUACCUCAGUUGGGCACUGGACACUAACCAGGAAGAGCGAGAGAAAGGAAAAACCGUCGAGGUUGGCCGGGCGUAUUUUGAGACCGAAAGAAAGCAUUUCACAAUUCUGGAUGCGCCAGGACACAAAAGUUUUGUGCCAAACAUGAUCGGUGGUGCUGCUCAGGCUGAUUUAGCCGUACUUGUAAUUUCUGCGAGAAAAGGUGAAUUUGAAACUGGAUUUGACAGAGGGGGGCAAACGAGAGAACACGCCAUGCUGGCCAAAACUGCUGGCGUCAAACAUCUGGUAGUAUUAGUUAACAAAAUGGAUGACCCAACGGUGGAAUGGGACGAGGGCAGAUACAACGAAUGCAGAGAUAAAAUCUUACCCUACCUUCGUAAAUUGGGAUUCAACCCAGCAAAAGACUUGACCUUUAUGCCGGUAUCGGGCCAACUAGGAAUUGGCUUGAAAGAUCCAAUCCCUGCGGAGCUCUGUACCUGGUACAAGGGUGACGCAUUCAUACCAUUCAUUGACCAGCUACCAUCCCUUAAUCGUAAGAGUAACGGACCAUUUAUUAUGCCAAUUGUUGAUAAAUACAAGGAUAUGGGUACGGUAGUAAUGGGUAAAGUGGAGGCUGGAGAAGCAAAGAAGGGACAUUCGCUACUGGUUAUGCCUAAUAGAACAGCAGUAACGGUAGACCAAUUAUGGUCGGAUGAUGAAGAAGUAACGUCGGUUGGUCCUGGUGAAAAUGUAAAGAUUAAGCUGAAGGGUAUUGAGGAAGAAGACGUGAGUCCCGGCUUUGUUCUAUGCGAUAGUAACAAUCCGAUCAAAACGGGAAAAAUUUUUGACGCCCAAGUUGUCAUCCUGGAGCACAAAAGCAUCAUUUGUGCUGGUUACAGUGCUGUAAUGCAUAUUCACUGCGCAGCCGAAGAAGUCAGUGUGAAAGCGCUCAUAUGUUUGGUGGACAAAAAAUCUGGUGAUAAAAGUAAAACGCGACCGAGGUUCGUCAAACAAGAUCAAGUGGCCAUCAUGAGAAUUGAGUGCGCCGGAGUUAUUUGCCUUGAACAGUUUAAACUGUUUCCCCAAAUGGGUCGGUUCACUCUUAGGGACGAAAACAAAACUAUUGCUAUUGGUAAGGUGCUGAAGGUGGUUGAGUAAGUUCUGUUUCAUAUUGACUUUUAUUGUGACUAAGACAUUAUUAUACCUAUCAUCGAACACAUUGAAAUCACACACAAACAAUGUCAACACGAACUUUGAGAACCUAUGAUCUAUCUGUAUGCAUUAAACAUUAGAUGAUGAAUCAAGACACACUCACAAUAAGUGUAAUUUGGGAUUGGGUGAACAGAGAGAGAUAUAUGCGAAUUAUAUAUAUUAUAUAUAUAAAGAAUGAUAUAUAUGACAAACUAAAAUAAAACCACUUUGAUUACAAAAAGAAAAAGAAAAGAAUAAAAUAGAUAAUAAAAAGAAAUGUUUUUGAGGAAACAUAGCCCCGCCCCCCCGCCCUAAAAAAAGAAUAAAAAUACCUUUCCAGGAUUUUAUUGUCGUUGAAAUAUUUUAAUGGCAAGGGGGUAGGGAAGGAGGGUAUACAAAAAGGCUUUUUCAAUAUAAACUGUGGGCGAUAUUUUUGUUCUACGGAGCUAUGUGAGAAAUGAUAAUGGAUAGCAUUAACGCUAAUUAUUAUGAUUAUUAUUAUUAUUAUUAUUAUUGAAUUGAUGGGUAAUAGAUGAAACAUAUUGAGUAAAGCAAAUAGAUAGUGUUACACAACAAUUUAUAAUUAUUAAAUCAUUAUUGUACUGUUUCUUAUUUUAUUCUCAUUAAAAUACUAAUUUACUACGAAACUGUUUAUUUGUAAUAAUUUUCACUGUAUGUUCUGUACUUUGGAGCAUUUUUUGGCUCAUCAGAAAGAAGAAAAAAAACGAAAAAAUAAUAAAUGAAAACUUUCUGUGAUAGAUCACAGGGAGAGUAAAUUAAUUUACAUAGAUUUUUUGAGGAAAGUAGUCUGUAAGAAGACAAUUGAUAUGAAUAUCUUUUCAUUUCUUUAUAAAAAAAAUAUCAUACCAGCCAUAUUGUGCCCUAAAAAUUGAUUGCAGAAAUAUUUAUGACAGUUAUCGGAUCACGGCUGAAGUUGUGCAAAUAGUAGACAGGGAAGAAAAAUCAGUUCGUUGAUCUAAAGAAGCAUCAAAUAUUGCUAAUGAUAUGAAAGGUACCUUGAUGGAAAGAGGUCAGUUGCUCUGUCUACUCUUGCUCUGAUACAAUACACUAAAAUACUGGUUGUCAUCUCGUCUUCCAA